AGCGCGGCAGGGCAUGCAGAAGCGCUUGCUAAUACUCUCCCCCCACAUCCGUAUGCUGAGUGACUGACUGCUUAGGGCUGACACGGAACCGGCAGGUUUCACGGGAAAGGGGAAGGGCUUGUCCUGCUUCGUUUUCACUCAAACCAGGCGUAUUGCUGCGCAGCAGAAGGGACUCGGGCGGAGGGGGCAGGAAUUUGAAAAUCUGUAGUCAUUUCCUGUAGAGGUUCAUUUCCUGGUUAAGCCCCAGUUAUUAGCUGCUCUGUCCCUAUAUCCAAUUGUCCGUAUGGGGCCAGUCACCGCCUUGCCUCCCGCUCCCCUGCGGGGCUGCCCUUGCUAGCUGCUAGCAUUGCUGUCACCCCUCCAUUGCUUGUUUCAUGGCUGAGCCCUUGCCCAUUCCCAGCCUCCAUGUCGGUGUUAGCAUGCUGAUCAUGCGCUCCCGGGCUGCGUGAAGGCUGUCACUUGGUCUGUCCGUAUGUACGCAUGUCUAUGUUCCCUGCACACUGAGCCAAUUGCCGGUGGGUGUGCCAUUGAUUAUUACAUUGAGCUCCAUUGAAUAAAAUAACUGGCCCCAAUUUGGAUCGCCUGGAAGGAUUUCGGGGUUCGGAAACAUGAAGAAGUUUUUUGACUCCCGGCGUGAGCUGGUGGGGUCCGGUUCUGGAGUCGGUGGUGGCUCGUCCAGCGGCCUGGGGACUGGCUACAUCGGCAGAGUCUUUACUAUUGGCAGGCAUCAGGUCACCGUGGAUGAGGUCCUGGCUGAAGGUGGAUUUGCACUUGUGUUUCUCGUUCGCACAAGCAAUGGGAUGCGCCGAGCACUUAAACGCAUGUAUGUGAACAAUGAGCAUGACCUACAGGUGUGCAAGAGGGAAAUUCAGAUCAUGAGGGAUCUCUCCGGGCACAAGAACAUUGUUGGAUACAUAGAUUCCAGUAUUAAUUCUGUGAGCAGUGGAGAUGUGUGGGAAGUUCUGAUCCUAAUGGAUUACUGUCGAGGAGGGCAAGUUGUGAAUCUAAUGAACCAACGGCUGCAAACUGGUUUCACAGAAAGUGAAGUUCUCCAGAUCUUCUGUGACACAUGUGAGGCAGUGGCUCGUCUCCAUCAGUGCAAGACUCCUAUUAUUCAUCGAGAUCUCAAGGUUGAGAAUAUUUUACUACAUGACCGUGGUCACUAUGUGCUGUGUGACUUUGGAAGUGCAACAAAUAAAUGCCAGAAUCCACAGACAGAAGGCGUCACUGCAGUGGAAGAUGAGAUUAAAAAGUACACAACCCUCUCAUAUCGGGCUCCUGAGAUGGUGAAUCUGUACAGUGGCAAAAUGAUCACCACCAAAGCGGACAUCUGGGCCUUAGGCUGCUUGUUGUACAAGCUCUGCUUCUUCACACUUCCAUUUGGAGAGAGUCAGGUGUCCAUUUGUGAUGGGAAUUUCACUAUCCCAGACAACUCUCGCUACUCCCAGGACAUGCACUGCUUGAUCCGUUACAUGCUUGAGCCAGACCCUGACAAGAGACCCGAUAUCUACCAAGUAUCUUAUUUCUCCUUCAAGCUGGCAAAAAGGGAGUGCCCUGUGCAGAAUGUGCAUGAUGCUGUGAUUCCUGUAAAGCUUCCAGAACCUAUAAAAGCUGGGGAGGCUGCUGCUAAGAAAACCCAACCAAAGGCCAGGUUGACAGACCCUGUUCCAACAACAGAGACAUCCAUAGCGCCUCGCCAGAGGCCGAAACCUGGUCAGCCUCAGCCAAACCCUGGGAUGCUUCCAAUUCAGCCAGCUUUAACCCCACGCAAAAGAGCCAUGGCUCAGCCAGCCAAUCCCUCUCCAGUUGCACCAGUAAGUAUCCAGUCCCCUAACCCUGCAGCUGUGGCACCAGCCGUGAGACCAUCUGUACAAACUCAGCCAAAAGCAGCACAGCCAGCGGCACAGGUUCCCACACCUGUAACCACCACUCCACAGCCCGCUACUCCACAGGCUCCUCCAGCUGCUGUGCAAUCUGCACUGACACAACAGCAACAGCAGCUGUACUUGAAACAGCAACUUAUGCAACAACAACAGCAGCAGGCUGCGGCAUAUUAUCAACAGCAGCAGCAGCAGCAGAUGCUGCAGGCUCAACAGAUCCAGGCCAUGCAACAGCAGCAGAUGCUUCAGGCCUAUUACAUGCAGCAGCAACAUCUAUUGGCACAGCAUGCCGCUAUGCAACAGAAAGUGGCAACACCUAAACAGUCUUCUUUACCAAGUCAGCCACAAGCCAUGCCAGCUGCUCUCCAGCCUCCUGCAGCUCAGGAACAGGGGCAGCCAGCUCCACUCAAGACCCCACAGAAGCCCCAGCCACCUACAGCACCUCCAUCUUCUGCACCUCCCACAGCAGCAGGGCAGAAACUGGGAUCCCUUACCCCUCCUUCAUCCCCCAAGACCCAAAGAGGCGGCCACAGAAGGAUACUUAGUGAUGUUACGCAUAGUGCAGUUUUCGGUGUCCCAGCCAGUAAAUCUACUCAGCUUCUACAGGCUGCUGCGGCUGAAGCAAACCUCAACAAAUCAAAGUCAGCUACAACCACCCCUUCUGGCUCACCUCGGACCUCCCAGCAGAAUGUUCACAAUCCGCCAGAACCUUCUGGCUGGAAUCCUUUCGACGAUGACAACUUUUCCAAACUCACAGCUGAGGAACUUCUAAAUAAGGAUUUUGCCAAGCUUGGAGAAAGUAAGCCAUCGGAGCAGCUGAGCCGCUCAGCAGAAGAUCUCCUAUCUGGGUUUCCAGCUCCACCUGCUGUAUCUCAGGCUGAUUCAUUUGGAACUGCACUCUUUGCCAGUGGUUCAGCUGCAGAUAAACCUGUAGAUUCACAGGGGCCCAGUCCUGGCUCUCAGCUGCAAAAAACUUCUGAUUCUUUCUUGCCUCUCCCUCUGUCUGACACCCCAGAAAAAUUGAUUGAGGGUCUCAAAUCUCCAGAGCCCCAGCUUCUCCUCCCUCAUCUUGUGCAGCUGGCAGAUCCCUUUGGGAGCACAGCAGAGGAUGGAAAUGGGAAAUCAGAGCUGGAGGUAGAAAGCCUCAUUCCUGGGCUGGAGCCCCCAAUGCCCCAGCGACUUUCAUCCCAGGCAGACUCUAUUGCUUCAAACCGAACAGACUCCCUCACUGGGGAAGAUUCUCUCCUUGACUACUCUCUUCUCUCUAACCCCGCGGCUGAUCUUCUUGACGAGUUUGCUCCUGUAACACAUUCGGCUCUGGCUUCCACAGACGAUACUAACCUGCUAACGGGCUUUGAUAUCCCGGACGAUACAGAAAAAAGGGCUGAUGAUGAAUUUGAUCCUAUUCCAGUUCUGGUAUCCAAAAAUUCCCAAGGUACUCACUCUAGUAGCAGCAGUGGGAAUUCUGAGUCGAGCCUACCAAACAUGACCAUGUCUCUUCUACUGGUGGAUCAGCUCAUAGACUUGUAAACUGCACACAUGCUAGUGAAAUCCUUCCCACCCCUCAGAGGAGUAACCCUGCAUAUAUAUACAUAUAUAUAAAUAGUUAGAUGGAUAUAUAUAUAUGUACAUCUCUGUAUUUUUUAUUUGAUCCUUUUGUGCACAUCAGUGUAGUGUGGAUCUGCUAAGAAAACUGGCUGACUCUGAACACAUAUCCUUUACCAUCUUUGUCUUCUACGAACUGCUUCCGUCUUUAAAAGAAUAGAGGGACCUGUGUUGUGGAAGGACUAAACAGCUUAGAUGGUGGUGUUAUAUGAGGGGGGGCCAAAGAGGAUUACCAAUUUACCCCAGCGAUGGAGUUGCUGACACUCGCUCAGGGAUUGGCAAUCUUCAGCACUUCUGGUGGGGUCUUGCUAGGAACUGUGGUUCCUCAACAACCAGAGCACCGAAUGUUGCACUUGCUGUUCCGUGUUUACAUAUUGGAUCCUUAAUAGUUCAUAAAAAGCCUUCUUGUGUACGGAUAUCAAGAACAGAUGGUUGCUUUUACUAAAAAUAUAUGAAUUAUACUAUACAGGUUUAGAAUGUUCUCUGCAACAGUUGCUAUAUAUGGUACAUAAAUUUAUAUAAAUAUAUAUAUCUAUAUACCACCAUUUACCUGGUAAUGGAGUACCUGCCAAAGUUCUACCAUUGAUCAAACUCAGAUGAUUCCUAUUGAUGAUUCCUAUUAAUACUCCAUGAAGUAUUAAUUAAACCCAGAAUUAGGACAACAACAGAAUGUCACAGUAACAUCUCCAAAUGUCUCAAUGUCUUGUUAUUUUUGCCUUUCUGAUGCGAAUAUGUGGUAUCCGCUAGCAGAGAACAUCUGCUUUCAAAUAUGUAUACCUCCAAAAUCAGAGCUCUGGUGACCACAUUUGCUUUAUCUGCCUAGAUGCAAUGUGGUACAUUUCAGGGUCUGUCUGAACACAAAAGAGUAAAACUGUGAAACAAAAAGACUGAAUUCUGAUUCCUUAUAUAGAAAGAUGUGCCAGAAGCUGAACAAUGAUUUUUAAAUCUUGAGAGGAUACACAGGGAAACGUACAAAGCUACAGAUGUCUUCUUUAUCUUCAGAGUGUAAUCGCCACUGCACAUCACAAUGUAACUUCUGUUGAAAAAUACUCAAAGCCCAUUAAGGUGCAUAUUGAAAUGGAUGAAAGUAAAAAGGGGCAAAAUUAAUGAAAUGAUAAAACUGUUAAUGUCACAGCAAUUCCACCUUCAUAUUUUCUCAGAUAAUAGCCUAUUUUAUGCAAAAGGUAGUGUCUGUCUGUAAAACCAAUUCAUUUGUAGAGCAGCUCCCUGUUGUUGCGCUGUAUUCAUGUCACAAAGUGUUCCAUGCACAAUACUUUUGGUCCUAGUGAUAGAAAGUCAUGCAAAGAAAAGAAGUUUGAAUGCAGAAAGUUUAUAUUGUUAUUUCUUCCUAAAUCCAAUGAACUUGUGGAGGAGCAAAUUGUAAAAAAGAAAAAAAAAAUGUAGUCAAUAGAUCUUCCUGUGUUGACUGAUUUAUGCAGCCACAUGUGGUCCACUCGAGUCAUGCACAGAUGCAGUUUGUGGAGCAGUGUUAGCAUAGUCAAAUGCCUUCAUUUUUUAGAUUAAAUUCUGUUUCUGGAAGUUCUGGUGCAAAAUCAACACAAAACAGAUAUCAAAGUUUGUUGCAUUUGUCUUGAGAAUGGAGUGCAUCCAACUUUUAACAUCACAGAUGUGACAAAAAUAAAUGUCCUGCUAAUGAAGCUGAAUAUUCCACUCUGCAUGGCGGGAUACCAUUGUAGCCCGAUCUUGAUUUUUUUUUUUUUUUUUUUUUUCAACUAAAGUAUUUAAAGCUGUACUUGUGUUUAGCGUGUCCUGCAAGAAAAGCGUAUUCUCUGUUCGUGCAAAUGUCAGUAAGGAAGUCUCCGAUGUAAUCUGUAUAUUGUGCACAUCGCUCACAGGGUAUACAAAUCAGUCAAGGUAGACUUUCUUUGUAUGUCUUUUGAUGCCCCUCUACAAUGUGAUGGAUUUUGCCGUCUGUAAAUAGAACUCUUUAUCUUCAGAGCGUGUGGGGGAGCUCCUCUGUACAACUGGUUUCUACCUGUGUUAAAUCCACCAUUUUUUCCCUUUCUUUCUUCUGUAAUGUAAGAAAAUGAGCUUUCUUCUUGAGAGCAAUUCUUAUCAAUGGGGGGAUUGCUUUAGUUAAGUAAUUGAUAGAAUUUUGACUUGUGUAUAUAUAAAUAUAUAAAUAUAUUUCUGUUAACUCAGUCCAUAAGCCUCCUCUGGCACAGAAUGCUUCAGUUUUGUCCUUCCUAUAUUUCUGGGAGAAAAAGAAGUAGCUAUUGAAAAACUAUUCCCAUUAUGACCUCUACAACCUGCACAUUCCCCAAUUGUAUAGUAGAAACCAAUCUAUUUCUGUGAAUUAAAGUAUUUUAAAGAACUG